ACAGCUGCAGCUGAGGGAGCAGCAGGAGGAGCUGGAGCUGCUGAUGAACGGGAUCUUCAAGGGCGUCUUCGUGCAUCGGUACCGGGACGUGGUGCCCGAGAUCCGCGGGAUCUGCAUGGAGGAGCUCGGGGUGUGGGUGAGGAAAUUCCCCAGCUCCUUCCUCACUGACAGCCACCUGAAAUACCUGGGCUGGACCCUGCACGACAAGCAGGGGGAGGUUCGGCUGCGCUGCGUGAGGGCCCUGCAGGGAAUUUAUGGAGUCCCCGAGAUGGCCCCGGGCCUGGAGCUCUUCACUGACAGGUUCAAGCCCCGGCUGGUGGCCAUGGCUCACGACAAGGAGCCCCAGGUGGCCCUGGAGGUGCUGAGGCUGCUCACGGACAUGGACAGGAACCUGGAGGAGGCGCUGAGCCCCGAGGAUUGCCAGAGCAUCUUCCCCGUGGUGUUCGUCAGCAGCCGCGCCCUCGCCUCGGCCGCGGGCAGCUUCCUGUGCCAGAGGUGA